AUGGUUAGUCGUCAAACGCUUUACGGGGCACUUUGCGUUGCUUCCUCUGUGAAGGAGGUGAUUAAAGGAAGUACGUCGGUUGCUAGGGAAUCUGCUGGACUUUGGCUGAAAACUUCGAGUUUGACAAGACCGUUAUUGUCCAAGUACCAAUGGUUUUAUGAUCCAGAGUGGGAGAAGGCCAAAUCGCUCUCUGAACGUUUGAGGAACCAAAAAUUCAUUACGAGGUCGCCCGGUAGACCGAAAAACGUCGCUAGCAAGGCAACUCGAUCAUUUAGCACCAGUGCUAGACGAUUGAGCAAAGAUGGACAAAAUUUCGAAGAGAAAAAGGACCAGAUAAAAGAAUUGCAAAGCUCAGACGUUCCUUCGUCGCGGAUUUCUAGACUCUUCCACUACGGCUCGCUAGCUGCUGGAGUGGGUCUAUCUGCUGCUUCUCAGGGCUUGAAUCAAGUAAUCAGCGGAAAGAAGCCUACGUUUAAAUCGCUUAUUUUGUCAGAAGAGAAUCUAGAGCGCAUCACGAAGAAGUUUUCGAAAAUGCGCGGAGCAGCAUUGAAGAUCGGCCAACUUAUGUCUUUUCAGGAUGAAAAAGUCCUGCCAAGGGAACUUUACGAAAUUAUUUCCCGCGUUCAAAACCGAGCGCAUUAUAUGCCUCGCAGACAACUGGAUAGAGUCCUAACACGCGAAUUGGGGCCAGCUUGGGCCGAAAAGCUUGGUUCAUUCGAUCCAGUCCCCAUAGCAGCUGCUUCUAUUGGUCAAGUUCAUGAAGCUACACUGAAAUCCGGCGAAGAGGUCGUCAUGAAAAUCCAGUAUCCUGGCGUCAAAGAAUCCAUUGAUUCUGACCUCAAUAACAUCUUGAUGUUUUUAACUGCUUCGCGACUUUUGCCUCGUGGAUUGUACCUGGAUAAAACGGUUGCCAACGCGAGGGUAGAAUUAAAGUGGGAAUGCGAUUACGAGCGCGAAGCUAGCUGUCUUGAAAAGUUUGAGCAGCUUUUGAGCAAAGAUCCUAUUUUAAAGACACCCCACGUUAUCAAAGAUUUAACCACUGAGAACAUCAUCACUAUGACGAGAAUGCACGGCACUGAAAUAAUGAAACUGGCGGAUACAGCGCCCCAAGAAACCCGGGAUUUCAUUUCUUCCAACAUCAUGAAGCUUUGUUUGCAAGAAAUAGCUGAAUUCAAAUUCAUGCAGACAGAUCCAAACUGGGCCAAUUUUUUCUACAACGCAAAACAGCAUACUUUAGAACUUUUAGACUUUGGAGCUUCUCGUUCUUACUCUGACGAUUUUAUUUUCAAAUAUAGGCGAAUGCUGACUUUGGGAACCAAACGGGACCGCGAGGGAGUGGCCAAAGUGUCAAAAGAGCUAGGAUAUCUAACUGGGUUCGAGUCUAAGGCCAUGGUCGAUGCUCAUGUAGAUUCUGUUCUGGUCCUAUCCGAACCAUUCUCAGGACCAAUCGAUCGUCUCUUUGACUUCUCUCAUCAAACUGUCACUGACCGAAUCCGUGAAAAUAUAGGCUUGAUGCUCGAAGAACGCCUGUGUCCACCACCGGAAGAGACUUAUUCGCUGCACAGGAAAUUUAGCGGAGUGUUUUUGCUAUGCGCUAAGAUGCAAGCUAAAGUUCCGAUGGCAGAAUUGUUUCAAAAACAUUUCGCUUUGCAUGAUUAG